GUUGCGUUAUCAUGCAGCGAUUUAAAGAAGAGAGACCCUACAGCGGCAAGUGGAAACCACUACAUUGAUCCAGAUGGCGAGGGAGAUCUGGUGCCAUUUUCAGUGUACUGUGACAUGACUUACAAGAAUGGAGUUGGCGUGACAGUCAUCAGUCACGACAGUGAGAACAGGACAUAUGUGCGUGGAUAUGAAGCUUCAGGCAGCUACUCACGGGACAUUCACUACUCCGGAGUUAGUCUUUCUCAGCUGGCCAGUCUCACCAGAGUCUCCUCAAGCUGUGAGCAGUUUAUAAAGUACGAGUGUUAUCAUUCAAAGCUGUUCAAAGGCGGACAAGGUUGGUGGGUGUCACAUGAUUCUUUUAAGAUGGGGUACUGGGGCGGAGCAUCACCUGGCAGUGGUAAGUGCGCGUGCGGGAUGACCAACUCAUGUGCAGACUCCAGUUAUGGCUGUAACUGUGAUAAGAAUGACAAAGUAUUGCGUGAAGACAGCGGCCUCCUAACUGACAAGACAAAGCUUCCAGUAAAACAGCUCAGGUUUGGAGAUACCGGCCAUACCGGAUUUGGCGAAUAUGGCUAUCACACUUUGGGAAAAUUACAGUGUUAUGGUGUAGCAUAA